UUAGUCGUCCGACAUCCGUCACUUGCACACUGAAGCAAGUCUAGUCAUUCACACUUUGUCUGGCCAAGUAGAACGUUUAAAGCAAAGCUGAACAAUAAUUGUGACUAAAUAUUUACAACUAAAUUGUGAUCAUGAAGAUUGUGUCGAUUGUGUUUUUAUUAGUGGCUUUGGAAUAUGGAUUUUGUGUUAUUAUCAAAACAAGAAGACAGCACCCGAAGGAGUCAUCUUCAGUGGAAUACUUCACAAAACCAAACCAAAAUCCUACAAUCAAGGUGUUGAUUCACAUCGACAACGUCCUAGCGAAGAAAUUAGCAGCAGAAUUCGAUACUCGAGCCAGAAAGAAAAUAAAAAUACGAAUGAAUUAUUUAGUAAAAGAUGUCGAACGCAUCAUCAAUGGAAUAAACCUGAGCCAGAAAUUCACCAUAAAACUAAUAGAUACGAAGUUUUUAAAGAACAAAAGUAGUAUUGUAGAAAUGGAUGAAAAUGCUUCGAACUAUUUGAGGAGUUACUGUGCUUGGCAGUCGCAGAAGAAAAGAAACCAGUGGUUUUAUUCUGUCUUGUUGACUGGGUUGGACUUGUACUAUGUGAACGGAAACGGACAGAAAGAAAGGAGAAGUACAGGUCGUGGCUACAUGAACGGGAUGUGUAGUAUUAGAAACAGCUGUACAUUACUGGAAGUGCUAGAAUGGCGUCCUGAGAUCACGUCAUACUUAUUGGCUCAUGAGAUUGCUCAUAGUCUGGGAGUACCCCACGACGGACCUCCGUACAACGAGUGCAGAGCCCGCGGCCACAUGAUGGGGGCUCGGUACAGUGCCACCAGCUAUCCCAAACACUGGUCUGACUGCAGCCGGAGGAGCAUGAAGAAACGAUUGACGAGUAAAAAAACGUGGUGCCUUCGUUCGGACGUGAACAACUACCAUUCAGUAGGCUAUUAGUAUUCAAAAAUAAUAAAGCUAAUUGUGAUACUAUUUAUUUUUAAGUA